AUGCAGGCAAUGGAAGGCGAGGCUUCGAACAAGGCACCUGCGCGUUUCUCCGAGAGCAUGGGGGAGACUGUGAACCUCAGCGGAUGGGCAACACUGAACAAGACCGUGAUCCACCUGAACAAGUUCAGCAGUCUGGAGGACAUCGACCUGAGCGCAGACGGGAGUCUGAUCCUGAGGGUCAUCAUUUCGUCGGUUUACGCAGCGGUGUGCGCUGUGGGUCUGCUCGGCAACUUGCUGGUGUUCUUCCUGAUGAAGACGAAGCUUGGGAAGAGGAGGAGGAAGAGAUCCGCGAUCAACUUUUUCGUCGUCAACUUGGCCGUGACCGACUUCCAGUUCGUGCUCACGCUGCCGUUCUGGGCUGCAGACGCGGCGUUGGAUUUCAGCUGGCCCUUCGGUAACGCCAUGUGCAAGAUCGUGCUGUCGGUCACGGUGAUGAACAUGUACGCCAGCGUGUUCUUCCUCACGGCCAUGAGCGUGAGUCGGUACUGGUCGGUGGCGUGCUGCGUGCGAGGGAACGGCAUGCGCCGCAGGUGCGUCUCGGUGAAGUGCGUGUGCGCGGCGCUCUGGGUUCUCGCAAGCGUCGCCACGGCGCCCACGGCCGCCUUCUCCAUGGUGACGGUGGUGGCCGGUGAGAGACUCUGCCUCCUCCGCUUUCCCGAUGGCCACCCCUGGCUCGCGCUCUAUCACCUCCAGAAAGUCGUGCUCGCCUUCAUCUUGCCCAUGAUCACCCUGUCCAUCUGCAACGCGCUGCUUUUGCGCUUCGUGCGCCGCAGGAUCGUCGCGAACAGCAGCCGCCCGAGGAGACGGUCCAGGUCCAAAGUCACCAAAUCCGUGAUCAUCGUAGUCCUUUCGUUCUUCAUCUGCUGGAUGCCGAACCACGCCAUCACGCUUUGGGGGGUGCUUGUGAAAUUUAACGCGGUGCGCUGGGACAGGACGUACUACAUGGUCCACACGUACGUGUUCCCUUUGACUGUUUGCCUCGCUCAUGCAAACAGCUGUUUAAACCCGGUGUUGUAUUGCUUAAUGCGCAGGGAGUUCAGGAAGAUGCUCAGGAACCUGUUCUGGAGAGCUUCCUCACCUGCUGUCACCAAAGCGCGCGGUUCUGUCGGUGCCGUGGACCGGGAAUCCGUUUAA